AUGUUUUAUUGCUCUGUAACGGAUUUUAAGAUUACUGGCCUCUCGGAUUUUAUUAUAAAUGAGCUCAGAAUUUCUACAAUAAGGAAAUCUAUUUUCAAUAUCACCCUACCAAUGACGGCACUACAAGCUAUUUAUGCAGCUAAAGGGUCAGUGGCAUAUAUAGUUAAUUUAGCCGGCGAUGGCGAUGCUGAAGCUCAUCUAAAGGAUUUGAGUUUAAGAAUCUCAUUUAAUUUAAAAUCUGGAAAAUAUCUUGGCAUACGAAAUUUGAGCAUUAAGAUCACAGUUGGUGAGCUUUACAUCGAUUUUGAAAAUUUACUUGAAGACGAGCGGAUAAAUGAUUUCUUCCAUGCAUUGGUUAACGAACUAGGCCUGGAGCUUUUGGCAGAUCUAUGGACAUAUGAACAAGGUUUUUUGGAGGAUUAUAUUCAAGAGAGCGUCAACAUUCAUAUUGGUCAAUAUACGUUAAGCGAUAUUAUUAAAAUAAUUGGUGGUAGUGGUGAUGGCGAGCCAAUAUUUGGUAGCGGGCCACCAGGUGACUGCAGGCAAAAUGCAACUUUUAAUGCUUCCACAUAAAAAUAAGCAUCACAACGCUGAAAAAGCUUGGUACCGAAGAGUUAGUGGCGUUAUAAAUACAUAAUUGUAUAAUACUAAAUACUAUAUGUACUAUAUCACAAUGUGAGAAUGUGUUAUAUCAUUCUUGAAUAUAUACAUAUGUUCUAUUUUUGCACGUAAGGCUAUUGACAUUACUUUUGUUAAGGCUUAUCUAAGCGAGAUUAGUUUAUUAAUCUCUAGAAUUUAAAAUUGAUUUUAAU